AGUGGGCGUAGCUGAGUGGCGCUCUAACUGGGAGCUACUCUAGACCAUGGGGCAAGGAAGGAGCGUAUUUGCGGACCUCAACAACGUACGCGGUCGCAACCAGUACGGACAGUACGGGGUGAAGAAUCCCGUCUUUGAAGAGGCACACGUUUUCCAGAAUAAACUACGAAGGCGUACCAAUCAGCCUCACCUAGACGACCGUAGUGCAGAGAUCAUUGAGGCCGUUGUAACCAAUAAUUACGAGCUUCUCUUGACAAAGUUGGAUCAUUUGGUGUGUGCUAGCGAGCAUGACCAGUACCUGAUCAAAGCUGAAUUGGGCAGCUACAAAGACGAGAGGGGAUGGAACGUGUUUCACUAUGCAGCCUAUCAUCAGUCAGAUUCAAUCAUGGAGAAACUGGUGGAGUUUUUAGACUCAGAGUGUAUCAAUGAAAAAAGCAAGGAAAAGGAGUUUACUGCACUCCAUCUUGCAGUACGGGGAGACAAUGAGAACGAUAGACUAGUUCUGGCUCUCUUACGUCAUCCCAAAGUUGAAUUAGAUGUUAAAGACUCCGAUGACUGGACACCUCUUCACCAUGCAUGCUACCGAGGGUUCUGCAACAUUGUGAUUGCUCUACAGAAUGCCAAUUUCUGCUGCCUAAACCACGAAGGAGAUUCCCCACUUCACAUAGCUGCUGCUAACCAGCACACUGCUAUAUUUACCGCUCUCUCUCAAUGUCAAACAUUCAAGGAAACGUAUGCCGGAAAUAGAGUGUUUUUGGAGGCAAAAGAUUCUGAAGGGAACACUUUACUACAUUUGGCUGUAGAUGCUGCAGAUGGUCUACUCGUUGAGUGGUGUUUCGAGUUCGGUUUCAGCGUUAGGUUGUGCAACGCCACUCGAAUGAACUGUAUGCAUACUGCGGCAAGGAGAGGGGAUUAUGACGUGGCAGUUCAGGUUCUAAAGCAGGCAAAGAAGGAAGGGGGUGAAGUUUUGAGGUCUUUCAUCGACUUACCAAACAGUGUCCGAGCCACCCCACUCUACAUGUGUGCCAAGUUUGGAAAUGCAAAAGUCAUGGAGCUACUUUUAGAAAAUGGGGCCAGCAAAGAUUCCAAGACAAACAUGCAAUUCACCCCACUGCUGGCUGCCAUACGCUAUGCUCAGCCUCAAACGGUUCAGCUGCUGCUUAAGAAGGGGGCUAAUGUGUUGGCGAAGGACAGACUGAGACACUACAAUGCAAUUCUAUGGGCAGUUGAGAUUCAAAAUCCCGAUAUCUUAAAGAUGCUGCUUUUAUAUGUAGCAGACAAUAAGGAUCUCCUGCGGAGCAUCUGGAAGGCUACAGAUCAGGAUAAGAAUACCCCUCACCACAUUGCAGCUAAAGCCAGGAACUUGGACCUGCUCAAGACCCUUAUGCGGUACAAUACUUCGUGCCUUGAAGAAAGAAACAGAGAGGGAUUUACUCCUUUUCAUAUUGCAGUCCGUGAAGGAAAACUUCCGAUAAUGAACUUCAUAAUGAGCAGUGGUGUCAAUGCUGUCUACAUACUGGAUGGUCACGGAAGCUCUGGACUCCACUUGGCAGCUGAAUAUGGACACAGCAACAUUGUAGAUCGGCUUCUAAGAGUUCGGUCAUCUGACAAUGCCAUCAGCACACGUGAUAAUCGUGGCUGGACUCCGAUUCAUCUAGCCGCAAAGAACGGUCAUUUGGAGACCCUCGAGCUCCUACUCCGGCAUAGUCCCUUGAAAGAAACGUGUGAAAUUAUUGAUGAUGACCAUCACACGGCGUUGUAUCUUGCUUGUGCUGAAGGCUGGCCAAAGUGUGUGGAUUUUUUAAUCAAGUGGGGAGCCAUGGUGACAUACAACUACAACCACCACGAGGAAGAAAAAGCCAUAUGUUGUCUGAAUGCAGCAAUUGAUGGCAAGCAUACACAAGUUGUGACCACAAUCCUAGAGAGCGAACAGUGGCACCAGGCUCUUCAAUUUUGCAGCUACGAAGACCGCAAAAAUCCCGAGACACCACUUCGGAAGUUGAUCAAAAAGAUGCCAAGUGCAGCAAAGGUAGCCUUUGAGCGCUGUGUCCAGAUAGAGCAAAUUGCAGACGAGCGCGGGAGCUACUACAAGGAGGUCCACUACAACUACGACUAUGUGGAGGAUUUUCAGGAUAUUUUCAGUGACGAAGGACCAAAAGUCAGCGAUUGCGAUGACGAGGGGAAACAGACUCAGCAGAAGAAACACCAGAGAAGGGAACAAAGUUAUGUUUUGAAGAGGAUGGACACACCCCCUAUUGUACCCCGAGGGGCUCACAAAGGAGCACAGACAAUGAAGAGGGAGGAGAGCAGAGGGGAGAUGAUGGUCCAUUUUCAGCACCACGAACCCACGGCCACUCCGAGAGAGCCACACAGAGCCUGGGGUCCCAAGAGAUACCACUACCACAACCACCCUCUUCACCUUAUGGUAUAUACACAGUGAAACUCUAACAAGGGACACUAUAUCAGGCAAAUGAUUUUGUCCCUUGUACAGAGGUUGUCCCUAUCUCAGAGGUCAAAUAAUACACUAAAGUAUGACCAAGAGGUUGAAACAAGUGUCCUCUGUAGAGAAGUGUGCCCCUAUCUUGGACAGUCCAUUAUCGGAGUUUACCUGUAAAACAAUAGUUUUGUCUUACAAAAUAUUCGUCCACAAGUUCAUGUUUAUCAGGUGCUGUACAAGCGACAGGAGCUUUUGAAGCAUCCUUUGGUAGCUUCUUUCAUUCACCACAAGUGGAACAUUUUCGGAAGAUGGGUCUACUACCCAAAUGUAGCACUGUACACUUUGCUGAUGCUCCUCCUUACUGCGUACAUCUAUCUCCGGUUUGACUAUUCGAAGCUUCUGAUUGACACGUACGAGAAACAAGUUAACACAUCGCUUUCCCUAAGUGACUGCUCACAAAAUAUCACUCUGGAUUCACUCACUGGAGCAGAUGAUGAUGUUGUUAGGGAGCUGCGACAAGAUAAAACUCGUCUCAUAACGUGCUCAGUCAUCAUUAUCCUCAACUGCAUUGCUCGAAUCAUCAUCGAGGUACUUCAGAUCAUCCACCACCGUCGAGACUACUUCCUCCACUUCAUCAACUACAUGGAAGGCGUACUGUACAUUGCUACCAUUAUAUUCGUGAGCAACUUUCAGCUGCAAUGUCUUCCGAGUUGGCAGUGGCAACUCGGCGCCCUGUGCAUAUUCCUCAGUUGGAUAAACUUCAUCUUAUUUCUGAGCGAGCAGCCGGUGGUUGGCAUAUACGUUGUCAUGUUCCAGGAUAUCAUCAAGACAUUUGUGAAAAUAGCGCCAAUGGCUAUUCUUCUGGUGUUAGCAUUUGGACAGCCUUUCUUUAUGUUGCUGAGUGUAGUGGAGACUACUACCCCUCCGCAGCAGUUUGUCACAUUCCCCUACUCCCUGCUCAAGACUCUCUCUAUGACGACUGGGGAACUGGAAACUGAUCCAAUAUUCUUCAGCACUCCCUCAGUAGUCACGUAUCCCGUCAUCACUUAUCUUCUCUGGAUUGUGUUCCUCAUCAUAAUGCCCAUUCUUCUACAGAAUCUCCUUGUUGGCCUGGCUGUUGAUGAUAUCAAGGGGGUCCAAGAAAAAGCUGCCCUGAAGAAAGAAGCACUACAGAUUGGGUUCACUCUGGAUGUUUUGAGUCGUCUGCCAAAGGUGAUUGUAAGAUGGAGAAACAAGCGCAGCUACACUCAGACGUGGGGGAAAGGGCCAUUUGAAAAGUUCUGGAAGUGGUUGAAUGGAUCCUACUGGAAACCAGAAUUGAAACUGAACUCAUCAAAGGAGUACAGUGUGGCCCAGAAGGUGGACAAGAUGGUGGAGGUAGUUUAUUCUAUGGAGAAAAGAAUGCAGCAGCUGAAUGAACAGUGCACGAAGCUGGAGAAGAUGAUGAUUCACAUCUCACAAGAGCAGGAACGAAACUUUGAGCCUAGGAGAAGUGAUAACCUGCGAAGAAUGAAGGGGGUUUUCCAUUCUAGCUCAGAGCCUAACCUUAGCGAGCUGUAGGUAUAGCAUAGUACUAGUUCACUCUAGAAUGUUUUGUUAAGGGCGAACUCAUCCAUUGACAAUCACAUGAAAAUUGGAUAAUUGCACUAACCCAAAUUAUUAUUCAGCGACAAAUAAAGGUACAGAGCAGUUCUAAACUAAAUUCUACUCAAUACACACUAGCUAGUUCAGCUGUGUAGAUUCGGAGUAGCCCAGAAUUCAAUUGUUAGCGAG